UAAAAUAAUAAUGUUGUGUGUCUGAGAUAUCAUUUCCUCCCGAGAUUCUGGCCCUGUUUUUCCCACUCCCAUCCCAACUCGCUCCGAGUUGACUCACUCCCUUGUCCCUUUCGAGAUCAAUCACCACCACCACUGCCACCGUGCUCCGCCGCUAAUGUAACCCGACCUCGCCGUCAAUGCGAAACUCACCGUCGAUUCUCGCUGGAACCUCCUCUCUCUUCUCAUCCUCCUUCCCCUUUGACUUCGCUUUCGCGUGAAUUCGAUGGCUCCCUUUCGCUCUCUCCUGCUUCUCGCUGCACUCUGCUCCCUCCUCCGCCCUCUCACCGCCAGCGACGGCGACGCCGAUCCGCUUUACAAAGCUUGUGUGGAACAGUGCGAGAAAACUGGAUGUGUAGGGGAUAGAUGCUUUCAACAUUGUAAAUUCUCAUCUGAUGGAAAACCAGUUGAUGGUCCAUGGUAUAUGCAUGAACCCCUCUACUUGAGGUGGAAACAAUGGGACUGUCGCACUGAUUGUCGGUAUCACUGCAUGCUAGUAAGAGAAGAAGAAAGAACAAAACUUGGUGACAAGCCUGUCAAGUAUCAUGGAAAAUGGCCAUUCCGGCGUGUAUAUGGCAUUCAGGAACCUGUGGCUGUUGCUUUGUCUGCCCUUAAUCUAGCCAUGCAGUUUCAUGGCUGGGUAUCCUUUUUCAUUCUUGUGUACUACAAGUUGCCUUUGAUGCCUGAUAAGAAGACUUACUAUGAGUACACUGGCCUGUGGCAUAUCUAUGGGAUUCUAUCUAUGAAUUCAUGGUUGUGGAGUUCUGUUUUUCACAGUAGAGCUGUGGAAUUGACAGAGAAGUUGAAUUAUUCUUCUGCUGUGGGCUUACUUGGAUUCACCCUCAUUCUAGCAAUACUGCGAGCUUUUAAUGUUAGGGAUGAGGCUACAAGAGUCAUGGUUUCUGCUCCCUUGGUUGCUUUUGUGACAACUCAUAUAAUGUAUCUGAAUUUCUACGACCUUAAUUAUGGUUUGAACAUGAAAGUUUGCAUGUCAAUGACUGUCGUUCAGCUUCUUAUUUGGGCAAUUUGGGCUGGUGUUUCGAGUCAUCCGGCACGGUGGAAAUUAUGGACUGUGGUGGUGGGACAAGCCCUAGCUAUGGUCAUGGAGACAUAUGAUUUCCCACCUUACAUGGGAUAUGUGGAUGCUCAUGCUGUUUGGAAUGCUUGUUGCAUUCCUCUUACAUUCCUUUGGUGGAGUUAUAUCAGGGAUGAUGCUGAGUUCAGAACCUCUGCUCUCCUUAAGAAGGUGAAAUAGUGUUGUUGACUUCAUGGACAAAAGGUGGAUCAUAAGAAAGAAAUACCAUAUGCUUUUACUUUGAUUUGUACAUCAGAACUCUUUCAUUUUCCUCGUGCUGGCAUUUAUUUGAAAUGCUUAACACGAUGGUUUCUGUGUUUUUGGUUCUGUAACUCUUGUUUUCCUCAUGUAUGAGGCAUACUUUCUUAGUGAAAUUUAAAUUUGCAGUGUCUUCCUUGCC